UUCGCAGUGUCGGUGCUACGCCUCUCAGCCAUUGGCCUCAGAGACCAUCCGUCUUCCCUUCACAACAAUAGACCCCUGCUCGCUCGCUCGCUCGCACGCACGCACACGCGCCUUCUGCUCACGCGCAGACACAAAAAGCGCGCAGUGCUUUCGAGGAGUGACGGUGAAAUGUUUAAACUGCGGUUUGCCGAUUCUUUCUUUCUUUCUAGCUUCACGUCGGCGAGGAGCGCAGGGAAGCCUCUGCGAUGCGCUCAACGGGGGACACGUCGGAGUUGAAAUAAGGGAAACAUUGGGGCUUGGGUAAGAAAACCGGAAAGCGGUUUGUUGGGGCUUUUUUUUUUUUUACGAGGAUGACUGACUGGUGACAAAGAAUACGGGGAGCCCCUCUGGCUUCGGUUGACAUCCGCUAUAUAACUUUACGGAAGACAUUUUUGUGGGGACCGGUGUGCUCUUACUUGGACAGACAAAGAUUUUUUUUCUUCCAUCAUUAUUAUUAUUUUUGGAAGGGGAACCAUGCCUGUCCGGAGGGGUCAUGUUGCGCCACAAAACACAUUUUUGGGAGUAAUUAUUCGGAAAUUCGAAGGACAAAAUAAGAAAUUCAUCAUAGCCAAUGCCCGGGUGCAGAACUGCGCUAUUAUCUACUGUAAUGAUGGUUUCUGCGAGAUGACGGGCUUUUCCAGGCCAGAUGUAAUGCAGAAGCCAUGCACUUGUGACUUCUUGCAUGGCCAGUUCACCAGUCGGCACGCUGUGGCCCAGGUGGCCCAGGCACUGCUGGGGUCCGAGGAGCGCAAAGUGGAGAUCACCUACCACCGCAAGGAUGGUUCAAACUUCCUCUGUGCCACCCAUAUCAUCCCUGUGAAGAACGAGGAGGGUGUGGUCAUGAUGUUCAUCCUGAACUUUGAUUACAUCCUGGAUGAAGGCAGCAGUGACUCGCUGGAGAGACUAAACCAUACCUCACCUUCUAAAGCUGAUCAAUGGAAAGGGAGAUUCUUUCGUUUCCGUCUCCCAGCCUUACCUCUCCUGGGAAUCAGCAAGCAGUCCCUGCCCCAGGAAGACCCUGAUGCGGUCAUGGUAGACUCUCCUCGCUACAGUGACGGCUCAGUAGCAACACGCGACUACCAACUUCCCACCACUCGAGAGAGCUGCAGUCCCUCUUAUGCCAAUGACACCCGUGCCCUCAUCGGCCCCAGCCACUGCUCAACCCCUGUGUCUGAGCCUUUGGACCACUCGUCGCCUAAAGGCCCCUGGGACCGGAUGUACCCGGACCAGGCCGUUGCCCAGACAAAAAACCAGAGCCAAGAGGACACGCUUAUUGCAGCUCCAUCAAUCCCAGGCCUUACUCCAACUGCCUCCAGAGAGAGUAUGUGCAGUAUUCGCAGGGCCUCUUCUGUACAUGACAUGGAAGGCUUUGGGUCCAACUCUAAGAUGGUGUUCAGGGACCGGCAUGCCAGUGAAGAUAAUGGUCGCAAUAUCAAAGUAUCUCGCUCCUGGAUGGCUGGGGGACCACUCAGCCAAAUCAAAUCAAGCCUGCUUGGCUCAACUUCCGACUCCAACCUCAACAAGUACUCCACCAUCAACAAGAUUCCCCUGAUCACACUCAACUUCUCAGAGGCAAACAAUGAUAAGAAGUGCCCCUCCCCUCCAUCCUCUGAGAAAACUAUCAUCGCCCCAAAAGUCAAAGAUCGCACUCACAAUGUCACAGACAAAGUCACACAGGUUCUUUCUCUGGGUGCCGAUGUGCUUCCUGAAUACAAACUCCAGACACCACGGAUGGAUAAGUGGACCAUUCUUCACUACAGUCCAUUCAAAGCAGUUUGGGACUGGCUGAUCCUGCUGCUGGUCAUCUACACGGCCAUUUUCACCCCCUACUCUGCUGCCUUCCUCCUCAAUGACAUUGAGGAGCAGAGGAGACGGGAGUGUGGUUAUUCCUGCUCGCCCCUCAAUGUGGUUGAUCUGAUAGUUGACAUUAUGUUUAUAGUGGACAUCCUUAUAAAUUUUAGGACGACUUACGUCAACACCAAUGAGGAGGUGGUCAGCCACCCAGCCAAGAUCGCCAUCCACUACUUUAAAGGCUGGUUCCUCAUAGACAUGGUGGCUGCCAUCCCUUUUGACUUGCUCAUCUUUGGCUCAGGAUCUGAUGAGACUACCACUCUGAUCGGUCUGCUAAAGACGGCCCGUCUCCUACGGCUUGUACGAGUGGCCCGUAAGCUGGACCGUUACUCAGAGUAUGGUGCUGCUGUCCUCAUGCUGCUCAUGUGCAUCUUUGCCCUCAUUGCACACUGGUUGGCCUGCAUCUGGUACGCAAUUGGAAAUGUGGAGAAGCCUUACCUGGAGCAUAAAAUUGGCUGGCUGGACAACCUGGGGGUGUCAAUAGGGAAAAAAUACAACUACAGUGACCCAAGCUCAGGUCCUUCCAUCAAAGAUAAGUAUGUCACAGCACUCUACUUCACCUUCAGCAGUCUGACCAGCGUGGGCUUUGGGAACGUUUCCCCCAACACCAACUCUGAGAAGAUCUUUUCCAUAUGUGUUAUGCUCAUUGGAUCUCUAAUGUACGCCAGCAUCUUUGGAAAUGUGUCCGCCAUCAUCCAGAGGUUGUAUUCAGGUACAGCCAGGUAUCACCUCCAGAUGCUGCGGGUCAAAGAAUUCAUCCGCUUCCACCAGAUCCCAAACCCACUGAGGCAGAGGCUGGAGGAGUACUUCCAACACGCUUGGACGUACACUAACGGCAUCGACAUGAAUAUGGAGGUCCUGAAGGGUUUUCCAGAGUGCCUACAGGCGGAUAUCUGCCUCCACCUCAACAAGAAUCUCCUCCAGGGCUGUAAAGCAUUUCGCGGAGCCACCAAGGGCUGCCUUCGGGCCUUGGCCAUGAGGUUUAAGACGACCCAUGCGCCCCCUGGAGACACGCUAGUCCACAGUGGAGAUGUACUUACAGCACUCUACUUUGUUUCCCGUGGCUCCAUUGAAAUCCUAAAGGAUGACGUUGUGGUGGCCAUCCUGGGCAAAAAUGACAUCUUCGGAGAAAUGAUACACCUGUACGCAAAGCCGGGGAAAUCCUGCGCAGACGUGCGGGCGCUAAGUUAUUGUGACCUGCAAACCAUUCAGAGGGAGGACAUUCUGGAGGUGCUGGACAUGUAUCCAGAAUUCGCGGACCACUUCUUCACUAACCUGGAGCUCACGUUUGACCUCCGUGAUGAAAAUGCAAAGGUGACCUACUCACAAGAAACUGAUUCUAACAUGGAUGACUCCAAGUGUCGAAAACGGGUCUCAUACAGAAGGAAAUCCUCCACAGGCUCCCACAACCAGGACAACAAGGAGACUGCGGUCACCUACUGCAACACAAAGCAGACGAGGCAGAUCUAUGCUUCCUCGGCAGCUGAGAAGAGGAGAGAGUCUGCUGAGGAGGGAGAGAAUGAUGAGGAUGAGGAGGAAGAAGAAGGCAGGGAGGAGGAAGAGGAGCAGAGGCCCUUGUGUUCUGGUGUGCUGGGCUACCCGGUGGUAAGGGACCACGCCCUGGGCCUUGGGUUGAACAGUGCUUCCAGUACACAGGCUGGAGACAACGCACAGAACCAGGAAUACAAAGAGCUCCACCCUGACGAGUGGGUGCGUCAGCAUCCCGGUGAGGCUGCGGAGGAGUCGGCUCACUGCCAGGAAACACCAGCCAGGGAGGAUGACAGUGACACAGAGCUCACCUAUGGAGAGGUGGAGCAACGUCUAGACUUGCUGCAGCAGCACCUCAACAGACUUGAGUCCCAGAUGACUGCAGACAUCCAGGCUAUCCUGCAGCUCCUUCAGAGGCAAACAGCAGCCGGUCCUCCAGCUUAUAGCACCGUCACCUCCAGCCCAGAGUACCAGAGGCCAGCCGUCAGGAUCCAGCUGGUGUCUGCCAUCGAUGUGAGCCCUGCUCCAUCCCAGCCGCAGGUACAGCAGAAGCUUAAUGAGUGGAAACGCUGAUUUUCCCUAACACUGCCACGGUUUUCAGCUGGUUGUCACACUGUUUUACAAUAGCUUUGGCUCCGUUUUUGUGGUAAAUUUCAAAUCUGUAUAAUCUUAAGAUUCUUGUUGAUGAAUUCCAAUCAUAGUUUUUGUGUUGUUUGGGGUUUUUUUGUAAUUAUUAUAUAAUUAAAUAACAGUUACCAAAAGUCAAACCAAAUAGCAACUACCUUACCAAAAAGAGCUUAAAGGGGUCAUUUCCUCUACAUUUACUUAAUGUUUACUUAAAGCAAAGAUUACACAGUACAUAACCUGCUGUUCAUGUUACGGUCCCUCCAUCACAGGUCAGCAAGGAAAACAUCAGGAGUUAUUUUGGAGCAUAGUAGAGCAAACUGGUUAGCUGUGAUGGAGCUCUGCGUUACACAAAUCAGAGAACACCAGUGGAUUUUGCCCGUCAUCACUCAGCGUGCUGCUGUUGUAAAGUUGGAGCAGCUUGCCCUUCAAAAUAAUAUUAAAUAUUGAUCUUUUAUUCCAUUAAAUCCAGUUUGAUUUAUUUGUGGCAGCAGUUCACAGUUCACGGUCCUUUUACAUUUGAAGGUAAAUAGCCUGAAAUUAUAUAAGAUUUAUUAAUAAUACUAUCCUUAUGAACCAGCAAUCUCCUGUGACGAGCAUCAGAAGCGUUUGUUUUCAAAAGGCCACAUUGACUUUUUUGCACUAUUGCACUUUCUUGUUUAAAUCGAGCAGGAUGGACUCAUUUCAGUCAUUCGCCAUGAUAUCUACUAACUGUUUUUUGUUUUUGUUUUGUUUUGUUUUGUUUUUAGUUUUUAGUUUUAGGACAUCAGGAGCCUGAUUAGGAAGCUCCAUGUGCCAGUUCUGAACCUCAAGCCAUAUUUUGCCCUUGUGUGUCCUAUGAGCAAAGCACUGGUGAUGGUGGGGAGGAAGAAUUCCUUUUUUUUUUCUUUUUUUUUAAAAACAGGAUAAACCUCCCAGGAGGACCAGGUUCAGGAGAGGGCAGCCAUCAGGUGACGUAAAAAACAAGAGAGAAAACAGGAGCAGAAAGACAACAAACAGAACGAAUCACAGAGAGUAGAAAAAGUUAAUGGCAUGUAGUAGUGGCAUAUAAAUAAAGAGGCUACUGGACAGCAAAUAAAAUUUUUCAUCUCCUGUUAUUAUAGGUUUUGUAUUAUAGGUGGAUAUUUAUGAAAGCAGUGUUGAAAUAGUGCAGGAGAGCACCUAUAUGGAAGGACAAAAUUCACAGUAAAAUUUAAAUUUAAUUUAAUUUUUAUUAUUUAUUAAAACUAAUAAGAAAGUAAGUGAGAUAAAGCCUUGGAAAGAACUACCAAAAACCACUCCUACGUUGACCGGCUGUCAGGGGUUUAUAUCAUGUGAUAGAAAGUCGCUUGCUGUGUGUAGUCUUUCUUUAAUUUCUGUGGAUUUCCACUGUACUGUUC